AUGAGUCAAAACGUUUAUUCUAUCGGCAAUUUAAUGAUUCGCGAAGGUCAUAGGGCAUCGAUCGAAGGAAAGAAUGGUUCAUUGAAGUUGCAAAUUGGUUGCUCAAUUCAUGAAAAAGAAAUCAGUCGACAUAUGCAGUCGAGAACAAAUCUUUGCUUAUAUUUUAAAGAAGGUUCGUUUCUGUCGAUUAAUUAUUUUAAUGAAAAUGAGCUUUUUGAUUUGUAUGAAUUCAACUGGACGGCAGCUGAAGAUAAACAUUAUAUGAAAGAUAUUGUGGAUAUUGAAUCUGGCGGAUAUUGGUUUGGUGGACCAAUUAUUGCACAGCAGAAAUGGCCUAUCUCCCAUAAUUCACAUCAUUUUGCGCCAUAUUUGCCACGAGAUUUUUUAAAAGAAGGGGAAUUUCCUUGUUCUGGAAUGGAACGCUACUGGUUAUGUUCGAAUAAGUUUGCUAUAUUCGUACCAAGUGAAAUUCCUUUAUGGACCGAAUUUCAAGAGAAUCGAUUUUCACUUCAAGCUCAAAUUCAAGAUUCUCCUUUUAUUAGCUUUCAUCAAUCAGUUGGUGCUCCAAAAUUAAUUUAUUCGAUUUUUGCUUGUAAAUUUACAAAAAACUGUUCGCUGAAGGAUUUUCAUAUCGUUGUUCAUAGAAAACUUUACAAAAGAUCCAUUCAAUGUCCGAAUGAAGAAUUGAUAAAAAGACCAAUAUGGACCACAUGGGCGAAAUAUAAAACAACAGCGACGCAAGCGAUUGUUGAAGAAUUCGUUGAUGAAAUAAUUAGUUAUGGUGCACCGAUUUCGCAGCUAGAAUUAGACGAUUGUUGGGAAACAAAUUAUGGAGAUUUUAAGUUUGAUGUUGCGAAAUAUCCGGAUAUUACUCAAUUAUGUGAUAAACUAAAGAGCAAUGGAAUAAAAGUUUCUCUUUGGAUUCACCCUUUUCUCAAUGUUAACUGCGAAAAUGCCAAUGAUAAUUAUGUAAGAAAAUUUCUGAUUACAAAUCCCCGUGGUGAUCCAGAAUUGAUAGAAUGGUGGAAUGGUAGUGCCUACAUAAUCGACUUCACAAAUCCUGAAGGAUCUGAAUGGUUCAUUAAGCAGUUAAAGGCAAUCCAGGAGCUGGGCAUUCAUACUUUUAAAUUUGACGCUGGUGAAGUCAGUUAUCUUCCUACAAAUUUUUGUCUUUUUUCUGGCACAUCUCCUCUUGAUUUUGUAAAAGCUUAUGUUGAAACUGCUUCACAGUUCGGCGAUGCUAUUGAAGUUCGAGUCUGCAGUCACUGUCAAUCAUUGCCAGUACUUAUUCGUACCAUCGACCGUCUAUCAACUUGGUAUGAUAUGGGCCUAAAUACAUUAAUACCAAUUGCAUUAAAUUUUUCCAUUCAUGGAUAUAAUCACAAUUUACCAGAUAUAAUUGGUGGUAAUUAUUAUUCAGAUGUGAUGUGCGACAAAGAAUUGUACAUUCGCUGGAUGCAAGCAAAUCUCUUUCUGGUCGUUCUGCAAUUUUCAAUUCCACCAUGGUACUAUGAUGAUGAAACUGUUAAUCAUUUCAAACAAUUGUUGGUACAGCGAUCAAUUGUAAUGCCUCAUUUGAUUGAAGCUUGCAGAAAAAAUUGUAAGAAUGGCGAACCUAUUAUAUGGUGUAUAUUAUUAAAUCCUUUGUGGUGGUUCUCAGAAACUGUUGAUGCGUUAAAAUGCAGUGAUCAGUUCCUUAUAAAUAAUCGAAUAAUGGUAACACCCGUUCUGGAAAAAGGGGCUACUAGUCGAUCUGUUUAUAUACCUAAAGGCGCUUGGAAAUAUCACGCCAAUAAUAUCAUUUACGAGGGUAUUUCUAAUAUUCAUAUUGAGGUAAAAGCUAAAUACUAUUUAUUAUCCUAG